AUGUCAGCUGAGGUGCUGAAAGAAUGGAGGUGGGUGCAUGGGGUCAACCUGGGUACAGCCGAAGGGGGCUGGGUCAUGAGCCUUUCCCUUGUCCCAGCUGACAAGGUUGUUCCCAGCAACAAACUCCUAUCGGAGGCGGCUGCCAAAAACCUGACUGAGAAUGCGGCAGCAGACGAGGCCAGGGCAGUGGUCGGCCAACUUAUAAAGCUUGGUUCGAUGGAGAUGACACGGUUGUCAAUCCAAAAAAAUAAUAUAUUUGAAUUUUCGAAGUUCAGGCUCUUUAAGGAUGACCAGUCCAUGUUCCUGGCUUUAGUAGACACAGCCAUUGAGUCCACUGAGCUACCAAAUGGGGUGGCUGUUAUGAGGACAGUAGGACAGCUUGGUGAGCAGGAGUCAAAGCCCAUCAUGCUCCUGGACGUCCUCUCCUCCAUGGACCACAUCAGGUCCUUGUCUGUUCAUGCAGCAUGUUCAAUCCGGCAUGUUGACACAGAUGUGGACCUGAUGUGGUCCAGAUGGGGAAUUAAUAAGCUGGCGGGGUCAAGGGGAAAUGUGUUCAGCAACCUGUCCAUCCAUGAGGCGGCUAACUUCCAAUCAAAUUUGGACGGGAGGCCCAUGGAUGUAGACCAAAAACUGUGGUCUUUGUUUAAAGUUGGGAAUGUUAGUCCCAGACUGACCUUCCUCCAACUUUAUUGUGACUCCCCACACAAUCCCCAGUUCCCGGUUGGGAGAGCUGCUGUUGACCACAUCGGCUCAUGGGGGGGGGGGGGGCACUGGCACCAUGGUCCUCUGCCAGUGCAGGCGAGGUACCGCCCCCCCCUCGACAACUGGACGGGAGUAACUACUCAGCAGUGGAGAGUGGUGAGGCUCUUCCCGCUGACCUGUGUCCUCAAUGCCUCAGACACAGACCUGGGCAGUGAGAUGCUGACGGAUACCCUGAAGGACAUCUUUAAGACCAACCAUGCCAUCCCCUGGAGCUUGUUGAAGGGAGAGGGGGAGAAUAGGCCGGUUCUCAAGGAUGCAAAAACUUACCGAGAACUGGCAGACACCCUGCUCAAACAUUUGACAUAUUUCCGGUACCCCUGUGUCUUCCCUAGGAUGGUGGAAAUGGUCAAGGAUAAGGGCAGGGAUGUCAUCAGUUGCCUAGUGGCUGGUCUGACCGCUGCGCAACUGAAGUUCUUCCCCCAUGUCCGCUACAGGACCUACAAAGGCACAAAAAGAGUCAAUUGGAAGAAUGAUGCGUAUGCCCUGCUAAGACCCGAAGGGGAGCCAGAGACAGCAGAGACCAGGGCAAUCAAGCUCAAUGAGCUUGUUGCCCAGGAACUGCUUGACAGGGCUUUGACGGAGGACGGGCACCUGGAACGGUACAGGGAGUGGGGGAUGCCCUGGCUUCCCAUGGUGCUGUCAAGGAUUCCCCCUGAGGUGAAGAAGUAGGACAGGAAGAUGGACCUUGAGGUCUAUCUCUCCUGCCUUGCCAUCAUGAUGAAUGGUGGAUUUGUGCACUUCGCCAAGCUCAAGGACCUUCAAAAAUCCCUCCCUGUCUCCCAGAAACGGCUGUUUGACAUCCGUCUCUGGUCAGUCUUCUCCCUGAAGACCAUCUGCAGGGAUACAGUCCUGUACAAGCUGGCAGAUGACAUACCUACCACCCUGCCAGCCACGCGCAAGCCCUAUAGGGGGAAGAAGGACCGCAAGGAGGAGGAGGAGGAGGAAGAAGAAAAAGAGCCUGCUGACCCUGGACUUGAUGAGGCAACCUCAUAG